UGAAACCGACCUAAAACUCAUUUUUUUCAUUAUUCUAGAGGGUAGAUCCGAUUAUUGUUGAUUUAACCAUUAGAGUAUCUACUUGAGGACCCACCUUGAGGCUUUGCAGGUUCAUCUGAAGUGAAGACGCGAAGUGAAGAAGGACUUCUGAUUUGGUGCAAUUACACGUAUUUCUUCUAGUAUUCCUUUUCUUCAUCCUUACCUUAUCCCUUGAACCUUAAACAUCAUAAAAAGUCCAAAGAGUUUCUUCUGGUUUAGUUUCGAUCCACCAUGAAUCCAAUCCAGAGGGUUAUGGUAUUAUUCGGCAUGCUGAUGUUACCGGUGAUGGCACAUGAUUACGGUGACGCGUUAACGAAAAGUAUAUUGUUCUUUGAAGGACAAAGGUCUGGGAAAUUACCCCCUUCUCAGAGGAUGACUUGGAGGAAAGACUCUGCUCUUCGCGACGGUUUCCAGAUUGGUGUGAGUAUGCAUAGCUAUUCCAGAAUAAAGGUUGAUUUGGUGGGGGGUUACUACGAUGCAGGCGAUAACGUAAAAUUUAAUUUUCCGAUGGCAUUCUCAACGACAAUGUUGGCAUGGAGUGUGCUAGAGUUUGGCGGUUUCAUGGGGUCAGAUUUUCCGCACGCAAUUGAUGCAAUCCGGUGGGGAACCGAUUACUUUCUCAAGGCCACAAGCAUUCCUGGUUUUGUCUUCGUUCAGGUCGGUGACCCCUACAACGACCACCACUGCUGGGAGAGGCCUGAAGACAUGGACACACUCAGAACCACUUACGCAGUCACCAAAAACUUGCCAGGAUCAGAAGUUUCGGGUGAGAUUGCUGCUGCACUUGCUGCCUCUUCAAUGGUGUUUAAGCCCAUUGAUCUUGCUUACUCCGCAAGGCUCCUCAAGAGAGCGAGAAUGGUUUUUGAAUUUGCAGACAAGUACCGAGGAUCAUAUAAUGACAGUUUGGGGCCGUGGGUGUGCCCCUUUUACUGCAGUUACAGUGGAUAUGAGGAUGAGCUAGUGUGGGGAGCAGCAUGGUUAUUCAGGGCAACCAAGGCUGCAUAUUACUGGAAUUAUGUUUUACAGAACAUAAACAACCUGGAGAGAAACAUAGGAGCCUCAUAUUCCAGUGGUAGCUUUGCAGAAUUCGGAUGGGAUACCAAGCAUGCUGGUAUCAAUGUCCUCAUUUCGAAGGCAAGUGCUUCACAAUUUUUUUUGAUCAUGACUGACAGUACUGCUAAUUCCUACCCAUUUGUCCCCAAUGCUGACAAGUUUGUCUGCUCAGUGUUACCGGAGUCACCCACAGUAUACGUCUCAUACUCACGAGGAGGGCUUAUUUUCAAAUCCGGAGGAAGCAAUCUCCAGCAUGCCACAGCUCUAUCGUUCCUUUUCCUUGUUUAUGGACGCACACUGAGUCAAGCCAACAGAGUAGUCCACUGCGGCAAUAUUGUUGCCAAUUCAGCGAGGCUAAUACAAUUUGCAAGGAGCCAGGUUGACUAUAUACUCGGAAGCAACCCGUUGGGCAUGUCGUACAUGGUGGGAUACGGUAGAAAGUUUCCGGAGAGGAUACACCACCGUGCUUCGUCAUUACCGUCAGUGAAUCAACAUCCAGAGCACAUUGAUUGUAACAGAGGAUCUUCGUAUUACAACAGCAACAACCUCAAUCCCAAUUUGCAUCGGAGCUGUCGUGGGAGGGCCCGAUAUUAAGGACUCGUAUGCUGAUUCCAGAGCCGAUUUCGUGCAGUCAGAGCCAACUACGUACAUAAAUGCCCCAUUUGUGGGUCUCUUGGCUUACUUCAAAUCACAUCCUUCCCAAUAGAAUUUCUUACCACCUGUUUAGUUUGACUAUAGUAAACAUGUAAAAUUUGU